GUGUGGUACGGGCCCAAACCACCGUGAACUGGCCUGCGAAGGACAACCAACAGCCAACAACCAACCAACCAUGGAAACGCAAGCACAGGGGUGGUUUAUGAAGAAGGCCAGUGGGCUGGGCAAGGCGCAGAGGCGGUUCUUUGUGCUGGAGGGCCCAACCCUGACGUACUAUGCCAAGGCAGAUGGCUCCCGCGGCGUGGACAAGAAGGGCACCAUCAACAUCACCAGCGCCUCCGUGGUCAAGAGCAAAGGCCGCGAUCUCUCCAUUGCCGUGCAGGGCCGCACAUACCACCUGCAGUCCGACACCACAGAACAGGCCAGCCAAUGGGAGGUCAUGCUCGGCGUCAUCAUCAACAGCCUCCGCAAGCGCAUCAGCAGCGUCAGCAGCGUCAGCAGCAGCAGUAGCCCAGCGAGCAGCGGCAGCAACACCCGCACCUCCUCCGUGGCCAGUCGCACCCAGUCCACCAGCAAAAGCACCGCCAUUCGCACGGGCUGGUUCGUGAAGAAGGCGGAGAAGGUCGGCAAGAACCAGAGGCGGUGGUUUGAACUCUACUCCUCGGAGAUCCGGUACUUUUCGCGCCAGAGCGAGGGCAAGGGCAAGGACCGCAAGGGCAGCAUCCCGCUCUCCGCCGCCGUGCAGGUGUCCUUUGACGAGCCAGAGCUCACCAUCUACACCCCGUCCCGUACAUACUACCUCAUUGGCGAGGAGCCCGGCUCGGCCGAGAUCUGGGCCCUGGACAUUGCAAAACACACACCAGCCAUCAUGCGCAAGGCCGCCACCGGCGCUUCACCAACGUCGCCCGCCCGCGCCAGCAGCACCAGCGUCUCCGCUUCACCGCGCAGCGUCAGCCAAAGCCGAACAGAGCCAAUGCAGCAGCUGGACGUCGCCGAGGAAGGGCCUCGCCCGCCCAUUGAUUCGCGCAAGUCAACCGUCACGUCGGACGUGUGGGCAGAGGGCGUUCCCAGCAGCGCCAGCGGCGGCAACAGCAGCAGCAACAACAACAACAGCAGCAACAACAGUACGAACAAUGGCGGGGACAAUGCCGCAACAGCAACAGCACCACGCGGUGGUAUGGAGGAGAUUGGCAACAGCGGCAUGUUCAGCAACCCGUCCUUCCGCAGGAAGACGGCAAGCAGCGGCACCGAACACGCUGCCACGCCAUCAGGAGGAGGACACGCGCGCACGGAGAGCCAGGGCUCCGCCGCCAACCAGCCCUUGCUCCAGCGCACAGACGUCGACGUCACAGACGACUUUGCCGACCCGCACCCAUCAGCACCGCCCACAACGGCUGCUGCCAACACGGCCGCCAACACUGCUGGCCGCGGCGGCGAUGGGCGUGGAGAGCGCCGCAUGAGCGUGAGUCUCGGCGCAGACCUGACGGCCGAGUCCAGCAGCGACGCGCAGGGCGUGUUCUCCGGGUGGCUGACCAAGCAUGCCGACGGCCUGGGCAAGAGCCGCAAGCGCUUCUUCGUGCUGGAGGGCGCCACCAUCUCCUACUACGAAGACGCUGCUGGCGAGCACGCAGGCAGCGGGCUCAAGGGCGCUGUGAACCUUGAGGCCAACACGUCCGUUACUGUGGACGGCAAGCACAUCCACAUUGUCCAGAGCUCGCGCACGUGGCGGCUCACUGCCAACACCGCCGACGAGGCGAAGGCGUGGAAGAGCCACAUCGACACGGCUGUGAAGCGGUUGCUUGCAGGCAACGCCAGCAGCUCCAGUGCGCCCGGCACAACAAUGGCGUCAUCGUCAACAGCGGCAGCAUCCGCCAGCGGCGGUGCUCGAACAACAACGAGUGACGGCAGCCUGUGCGGGUGGUUCAAGAAGAAGGCGGGCAAGGCUGGGCGUGACCAGGAGCGCUUCUUCAUCCUCCGCUCGUCGCAAAUCGACUACUUUGCCAAGGAGGAAAACGGGGCGGGUCGCGGUGCAAAGGGCAGCAUCUCGCUGCUGGGCGAUGUGGCCGUGGACACGGUUGGCCCCGAACUUCUGCUGUACACGCCCGAGCGCACGUGGCAGCUGUCGGCAACAGAGGAGCAGUGCAGGCUGUGGAAGCAGCGCAUCCUGCAGCAGGUCGCCACCGUCAGAGAUUACGCAACGCAGAACGAGGACAUGCAACAGCAGCUGGCGAACCGGUCCAGUGCGCCGUCAGCGUCACUGGGCAGCAGCAACGGCGGCGGCAAUGGCAUUGGCAUGGGCUCCAGCACCACACGCGCACGCACGGCGACAGCGGCCGGGCGCGCCAGCAACGCGUAUGCGCACGUGACGUCGCUCCAGGGGUGGUUCCGGAAGCGGGCUGGCGGGGUGGGCAGCACGAAAAUGCGGUAUUUUGUGCUUGAGGAGAGCGUGGCCAACCCGGUGCGCAUCGCCUACUACACAGACGCCGCAGACGACGGCAGCGGGCGCGACCUCAAGGGCGAGAUUGCCUUCUCCAACAUCCUGCGCGUGGAGGCUGGCGGGUCAGCCACGCUCACCAUUCACACGCCCUCGCGCGGGUAUGUGCUCGAGAGCAGCAACCCAGCACAGGUGGAUGAGUGGGCAGGCGUGCUGCAGCACCUGCUGGCCACCAUGCACAGGGACACGCUCGCCACGGGCGCCGGCGUGGAGCGGGAUGACGAUGAGGAGGAGGCAGGCAUGGCAGCGGCACGCGGUGCUAGCGGCGCCAGCGAUGAGCCCGUGCUUGCAUCGUGGAUGACCAAGAGGGCGGCCGGUGUUGGCUCCAGCAAGCGCCGCUUCUUCGUGCUGCGCGGCCGCGAGAUUGCCUACUACGCGGAGCAAGGCGAUGGAUCACGCGGGGUAAACCACAUUGGGUCCAUUGAGAUUGGGUUUCGCACCAAGGUCACGUGCGAGGACCUGAGCCUGUUCAUUGUCAACCCAGACCGCACGUGGGUGCUGGUGGCAGACGACCGCUCGGCCGUGCUGCGCUGGCACCAACACCUGACGCGCCUCGUCGCCGCCCUCAACAAGGAAGAGGGCUUUGCUGCCAGCGGGCGCGUGAGCCCGCUCGGUAUGCACAGCGACACAGAGGGAGAAGACCUUGAGGACGACACGGAUGUGGUGGACAUGCUGCCACGGCAGGGUGUGUGGCUGACGAAAAAGGCUCACACGCUUGGCCGCUCCAAGUCGCGCUUCUUCAAGCUUGUCUUCUCAAUUGCGCUGCAGGAGAUGCAGUUGCGUUAUUACGCAACGCUUCGUGACGGCAUUGCCUCGGACUGCAAGGGAAAGAUUGUCCUGCAAUCCCCAAACGACAUCAAGGCCGCGAAAACCAACAUCGUCAUCACAACGUCCAAGCGCACCUGGCACCUGCAUGCGUCGAGCGCACAGGAGGCGGCCCACUGGGCAAGCACGUGGACCGAGGCCAUGCUGCUCCACAGGGAGGGGCGCAAGGUCCUCACCACCACCACCGCCAGCAGCAGCGCCACCGCCAGCAGCAGCGCCAGCGGCGGGCUGUACUCGGCGGGGGCAGGCGCUCGCAUUCCGCUCAACGUGCGGCUGCAGCAGCUGCUGGGCAACGAGGCGCUGGGACGCGACGCCAUCCUCACCACGCUGCGGCAGGAGUACGGUGGCGAGGUCGUGGAUAGUGCGCAGUCGCUCAUUGACGAUGCUCUUGCCCGUAAGAUGCGCGAGGAGAGGGGGCGGCCGGACAUGGCGGGCUGGCUCAUCAAGGCCGCGCACAAGUUUGGCCAGAAGAAGAGCCGCUUUUUUGAAUUGCGCGGCAGCGUUGUGCGCUACUUUGCUGAGGAGCAGGAAGGGCGCGGCGUCAACGAGAAGGGCUUCUUUGUGCUUGAGGACGAUGCUGACGUCACGUGUACCGACAUGACGGUGGAGAUUGUCAACACCGACCGCGUGUGGCAGCUGCACGCCUCGUCUGCCCAGGACGCACAGGCUUGGGCAAAGGCCCUCCUCGCUGCGCGCGGGAAGGCUGUGGACACGUCGCUCGGCACGGACGCCUUUGACGGCGACGACCAGCUGGCAACAGAGGCAGAGGUCGCGCUGCCAGCGCUGGGGAGCGACUGGAUUGUCAAGCGCGGGCAGGGCCGCAUGGCGGGAGACAAGCGGCGGUAUGUUGUGCCCGUCUUUGGCACGUCAUCACGCAAGCUUAAGCUCAAGUAUUACGCAAGAAACGACGACACCGGGCCCUCUGAUCCCAAGGGCUACAUCCUGCUCACGGACCCGGAGGCCAUCAUGGUUGAGGACUCCACCAUCAUCAUCGCGACGGAUGCGCGGCACUGGCGGCUGCGGGCGUCCUCGGACCGCAUUGCCGAGGGCCUCGCUGAUGGGUGGCGCCAGGGCGUGCGCGCAAUCAAUGCAGACACGCUUGCACACGCCGGCGCAAGUGGGGCGGACCAGUGGAAGCUGCCGCUGUACGUGCGCGGGAACGAGUUGCUGGCCCAGCACCGCGAUGAGGAUGACAUGCUGCGCAUCCUGGAGAGCGAGUACACGCCUGCAGAGCUGGACGCAAACGCCGGUGUGCUGCAGCAGCUGCUGAACGUGGCCAAGCUGCAGCAGCUGCGGGAGCAGAACCACUCGGCGGCGGUGAGCGGCUGGUUUGUGAAGAAGGCGCACAAGCGGGGCAAGGACCGCAAGCGGUUCUUCCAGCUGCUCGGCACGGACGUGCACUACUAUGUGGACGACAACGGCGGGCAGGGGGUGAUGCACAAGGGCACAAUCAGCAUCGACCCGCUGGCGGAGAUCUCGGCAGAGGGCACGGAGCUGACCAUCAUGACUGGUGGGCGCGUGUGGACGCUCAUUGGCGACUCGGAGCUGCAGGCGCAGGAGUGGGUUGAGGCGCUGAUGGACGCGCGGCAGCGGGCCAGCGAGAUGCAGACGCUAGCAGACGCCGCAAAGCCAAGUCGCAUGGACGUGCCGUUUGAUGGCGUGGAGGGUGGUGGCGCAGAGGGCGCUCACGCCCGCACGCGCAACAACCCACACAGCAGUGGUAAUGGCAGCGGUAAUGGUGGCGGUGUUGUGCCGGGCGAUGCAUUUGGGCGUCGCAUUGCAGGGGCCAAGGAGCCUGAGAUUGACAUGACCUUUGGCGAAGGUGUGUGGCUGGACAAGCAGGGGGAGGGCAUGGGCCGUAUCACGGGCGACAAGCACCGCUACUUUGAGAUGGUGUUUGGCGUGACCUCUGCCUCGCUCAAGCUGUGUUACUACGCCGGAUACAAGGAAGGGCCCGUUGAUCGCAAGGGCGAGCUGAAACUGGAGCCAGAUUCAGACAUUGCUGUCAAGAACAAGACCAUCUUCCUCUCACUGCCCGGGCGUCGAUGGAAGCUGACUGCGGAGACGGCCAAGGCUGCGAAAGUGGCAGUGUCGCAGUGGCGGCAGAUUCUGCUGGAUUAUCGCGACUUCAACGCCCUCCCUCUCGACCACGCCAGCCAUCGCCUGCCGCUUGCCGUGCGCGUGUACCAGCUGGUGGCGGGCGUGGCCGGCAGCGAGGUGAUGGAGGACGACAUUUCGGCGCAGCUGCGCGAGGAGUACACCGGGGAUGCCCUCAAGGGCACGGAGACGCUUGUGGCCCGCGUGGUGGCAAACUUCAGGCUGUUCUCAAAGCAGACGGCGCCCACGGUGACGGGCUGGUUUGUGAAGAAGGCGCGGCGAGUGGGCUCGAGCCAGCGCAGGUUCUUUGAGCUCAUCGACAACACCAUCAACUACUUUACCGACUGCGUUGACGGGCGCGGUGUGGACUGGAAGGGCAGCGUGCACGUCACGCCGCGCUCGCACAUCCAGCAGAGCCUGCGGCAGCUGCUCAUCAACAACCCGGACCGCAGCUGGGACCUGACGGCAGACACAGUUGAGCAGGCGCAGGAGUGGGGCGCGGCGCUGCGGGCGGCCAAGAAGAAGUGCGAGGAGAAGAAGAAGGCAACAGAGGCCCGCAUGGAGCGAACAGGGUUCUCGGAAUCAGCAGCCGUCCCAGAGGGCGCCGAGGACGCGACGACGGCGGAGCGGGCCGGGUGGUUCCACGAGAUUGACGACGUGUUUGGGCAGGAGACAAAGCGGUACUAUGUGCUCUUUGGCUGGGAGCAGUGCCAGCUGCUCGUAUACAAGGGCGUGCGCGACGGCCAGCCCUUCUGCCGCACACACACGCACGAGCUGUCGCCAGAUAUGGCCAUCAGCGUGGUGGAGAAGGUGCUGACGAUUGUGUCGCCCAAGUGGACCAUGCAACUCGAGGCACCGAGCGCGUACCAGGCGACAGACUGGGCCGGGGCGUUGCGGUCCGUGCGGCGGCUGAUGCGCGCAGCUGAUGCCGAGUACCGGCAGAAGCGCGAGGAAGAGGCGCAUCGGCAGCGCAUGGAGCUGCUGGCACGGGAGGAGGCCGAGCGGGACAGAAAGCGGCACGAGGCCGCGGAGAUUGCCGAGAAGGUGCGGCAGCUGCAGGAAUCACCCACGCCCCCGGCCGAUGUGAACCCCGACCAGCAGCAACAGCAGCUGCUCACACUCGACCAAGAACAGCAGCAGCAGCAGCAGCAGCAGCAGCAGCAAGGGAGCAACGCGCCUGCGAUGCAGUUGCAGAGACGAACGUGGACACAGCAGCGACGACGACGGCGACAGGAGGGCCCGGUGACGGUAGUGGCGAUGUUGCCAGCGCAGCGAACAAUGCAAGCGGUAGUCGGCGGGCGUCUGUUGCCCGCGUGGACGAGGUUGAGUUGGAGGAGCGACAUAAGGCCAUUGCUCCACCAGACGUCCUCGCUGCCCAGGAACCGACCCAGCAAGACACGAGCAAGUCUGAUGGCCAGCGUCGUCGCCGCCGCCGCCGUGCAGGCUGCUGCUGUUGCAUCUCGUAGUCAACACCCACAUGCACACACCACACCAACUUGUGCAAGCAUUUGCUCUGCCUGCUUGCUUAUUUCAUUGACAUGCUGUUAGACACUGCUCGUUCCCGCGCCAUGCUUUGCUUUCUUGUAGCCCUGGCUGUAGGUAGCCCUUGGCUGCACCCUUGCUUUUCCCCCUCUGCUUUCCCCGUAUGCUCCCUUCUCCUUGUUUCCCUUUCCCCUUCCCCCUUGUUUUCCCUUUGCUGCUGUGCAUACAUAUGCUUGAAACACCCAAGUACAUCACAUCGACCAACCCAAGCAAGCA